UACCAUGUCCGACCUCCACCCGCCGGAGCACCAAGUCGCCGGCCACCGCGCCUCCGCCAGCAAGCUGGGCCCGCUCAUCGACGGCUCCGGCCUCUUCUACAAGCCGCUCCAGGCCGGCGACCGUGGGGAGCACGAGGUCGCCUUCUAUGAGGCGUUCUCCGCCCACGCCGCCGUCCCAGCCCGCAUCCGAGACACCUUCUUCCCCCGGUUCCACGGCACGCGACUCCUCCCCACCGAGGCGCAGCCCGGGGAGCCGCAUCCGCACCUCGUCCUCGACGACCUCCUCGCGGGGUUUGAGGCGCCCUGCGUCACAGACAUCAAGAUCGGCGCCAUCACGUGGCCACCGAGUUCGCCGGAGCCCUACAUCGCCAAGUGCCUCGCCAAGGACCGCGGGACCACGAGCGUUCUGCUCGGAUUCCGCGUCUCCGGCGUUCGAGUCGUCGGCCCCGAGGGCGCCGUGUGGCGGACGGAGCGCCCGGAGGUGAAGGCUAUGGACACCGUCGUUGUCCGCCGCGUGCUCCGGCGCUACGUGUCAUCCGUUGCCGACGAGGGGAUUGACUGCGUGCUCGCGGCGGUGGUGUACGGAGGAAAAGGUGGAGUCUUGUCACAGCUGCGCGAGCUCAAGGCGUGGUUCGAGGAGCAGACUCUGUUCCACUUCUACCUUGAUCUCAUUUGA